CAUGUGAUUCGCAUGCUGAAAUUUUGAUAGCGUGGCAGCAGUAGAGCUUAUAUUACUCCCUGCACCCUCAUUACAUAUAAUCACACCUCUUUCUCUCUCUACCUAAAUCUGAAGAAACCUUUCCUAUUCAAAAUAACAAAACCACUUUAAUUAGCAAGCAAAACAAAAAUUGCAAGAAAGAAAGUGAUGGAGUUCGCAAAGGCCGAAGAAGGUGUCCUUGAAUCGGAAGCUAAUAACAACAAACGAUUGGAUUUUAUUGAUACAACGGCGGUCGCCGACUUAUCAUCACUCCCGUCGAAGACUCUUAUGAGGGCGGCGCUCUCACUCAAAGAUCAGGUGGUUGCAAUCACAUGGGAACGACGCCGGGUCUUGGGUGUGGGUGUGGGUGUUGACCCGACUGUGUAUUCGGGCCUGCUGGGCACGGCGUUCACUUGCUUCAGGUCGUACCAAGCUAACUCUAAUCACCAAGAUUUGGUUAUAUGUACGGACAUUAUCGAUACUUGCGCCGAGAUCAUAAGUACUGCUAAUUCCAGGCACGUGACAUUUCUUUGUGGUAAAGGUGGGGUCUACGCGCUUGGAUCUGUGGUUGCUAACUGCAUUGGGGACCAUCAAAAGCGUGACAUGUACCUUAACCUCUUCUUAGAGGUUGCACAGGAAAGGGCUCUCCCUGCUGGACCCGAGGAAGGUGGUUUUGGAAUGUCAUAUGAUCUUCUCUACGGCAGAGCAGGCUUCCUAUGGGCAGCUCUAUUCAUAAAUAAAUACAUUGGUGAAGACAAUAAGCUGUCUAGUGAUCUUCUCAUGCCAAUUGUCGAAGCUGUGUUAGACGGAGGCAGAGCAGGGGCAUCGGUUAACUCUUCCUGUCCACUCAUGUAUAGGUGGCACGGAACAAGAUACUGGGGCGCAGCCAAUGGCCUAGCAGGGAUUUUGCAUGUACUUCUCUACUUUCCACUAUGUAAAGAAGACGCAGAGGAUGUCAAGGCCACUUUAAGGUACAUGAUGAGUAAAAGGUUUCCUCAUAGUGGAAAUUACCCCUCAAGUGAAGGAAAUCCCAGGGACGAGUUGGUGCAAUGGUCUCAUGGUGCCACCAGCAUGGCCAUUACUCUGUCCAAGGCUUCAGAGGUGUUCCCAGGUGAUAGAGAAUUCCGUGAUGCUGCUAUAGAAGCAGGAGAAGUAGUGUGGAAGAAUGGGUUGGUGAAGAAGGUUGGACUGGCUGAUGGGGUGGCUGGGAAUGCCUAUGCUUUCCUUUCCCUCUACAGACUGACAGGCGAGACCCUAUACGAAGAGAGAGCUAAGGCAUUUGCAUGCUUUUUGUAUCAUAAUGCUCCAAAGCUAAUGAACAUGGAGCAUAAUUCUCCUGGGGUUGACCAUGCCUGCUCUCUUUUUCAAGGACUUGCUGGAACUGCUUGCCUUUGGUUUGAUCUGCUUGCUCCUCAAAACUCUAGGUUUCCAGGUUAUGAACUAUAGAGACUAAGAGAAAAGUAUACUCUACUUAGUUGUAAUUUUAUGUCAAUGAGAUGUGAUGUGAUCCUUUAUGGAAAUGUUGCAGUGUCAAUCUCAGGCAUGGUCUAGUUAGUUUACAACUUUAGGCUUGACUCUUCAAGGUCUGAUUUAGCUUUCAGAUCCACACGUGUAGAUCUUCUUUGGUGUCCGGGUUAGGCCAAACCAUAAGCAUAUGUAGUCUACUUGCAUUACUAACUAUGCAUUUGAACUAAACUUAACUCUAGUCCAUCUACAGUCUACUUGCUUGAUGCUCAAUCUAUGAUCUCUAGUCGUUUAUGUUUGUUUAGGUAAAAAUAGCUAAAUGGGUACUCGAGCUAGUAAAGUGUGAUCUAACUAUGGAUUAUGUAUUAUUGGAUUUCAUUGAUUGGUAUCUUUAUUCAUGCUUUUUUAUUA